UUUCUUUGUGUGGCAGCUGUAGAAAUGACAUUUUCCUCUCCUCCAUAAAAAAUAAAAAUUACAUAUCUCCCCCCUUUCACUUUUCUAACUGGGGUCAGGGGUGGGUGGGAGAAGCAUCUGCUGACGAGGACAGGGGCGGAAAAGGCUGAGGCUAAGGGAUUGAGGGCCGGGUCCGGGAGGGAUGCUGGGAGCUUUGACUCACUCGCACACCAUGUGUCCUUCCGCGCGCAGCACGGGGGACUUUUCGGUGGGGAUUUUGGGCGCCGACCAGACGCGGCAUUUUCGGAAAAUAGCGCCCUGUGCAGCUGAAGCACUUUGUGUGUAGCGGGGCCGCGUCAGCCCGGCCGGGUACGAGGUGCCUCGGGUCCCCGCACCACCUCCUGCUGCUCCCCCGUCGCCGCUCCCGAAGCUUUUCCAGAUGUCCCUGGUAGAUUUGGGAAAGAAGCUUUUAGAAGCCGCACGAGCAGGUCAAGAUGAUGAAGUUCGUAUUUUGAUGGCAAAUGGAGCUCCUUUUACUACAGACUGGCUGGGAACUUCUCCACUUCAUCUAGCAGCACAAUAUGGGCAUUAUUCCACCACAGAGGUGCUACUCCGAGCUGGUGUAAGUAGGGAUGCCAGAACCAAAGUGGACCGGACACCGUUACAUAUGGCAGCUUCUGAGGGCCAUGCCAGCAUAGUAGAAGUUUUGCUUAAGCAUGGUGCUGAUGUCAAUGCAAAAGACAUGCUGAAGAUGACAGCUCUACAUUGGGCCACAGAACACAAUCAUCCAGAGGUGGUGGAACUUUUAAUCAAAUAUGGUGCUGAUGUACACACACAGAGUAAAUUUUGUAAAACUGCAUUUGAUAUUUCAAUAGACAAUGGGAAUGAAGAUUUAGCAGAGAUUUUGCAGAUUGCAAUGCAGAACCAAAUCAACACAAACCCGGAGAGUCCUGACACUGUGACGAUACAUGCCGCUACCCCACAGUUUAUCAUUGGACCUGGAGGGGUGGUGAACCUGACAGAUGAAACGGGUGUAUCUGCUGUUCAGUUUGGAAACUCAUCUACAUCAGUAUUAGCUACAUUAGCUGCCAUAGCCGAAGCAUCUGCUCCAUUGUCCAAUUCUUCAGAAACUCCAGUAGUGGCCACGGAAGAAGUAGUUACAGCAGAAUCUGUAGAUGGUGCAAUUCAACAAGUAGUGAGUUCAGGGGGUCAGCAAGUUAUCACAAUAGUUACAGAUGGAAUUCAGCUUGGAAAUUUGCACUCUAUUCCAACCAGUGGAAUUGGUCAGCCCAUCAUUGUGACCAUGCCAGAUGGACAACAAGUAUUAACAGUACCAGCAACAGACAUUGCUGAAGAAACUGUUAUAAGUGAAGAACCACCAGCUAAGAGACAAUGUAUCGAAAUAAUUGAAAACCGGGUGGAAUCUGCAGAAAUAGAAGAGAGAGAGGCUCUUCAGAAACAGCUGGAUGAAGCAAAUCGAGAAGCACAAAAAUAUCGACAACAGCUCCUAAAGAAAGAACAGGAAGCAGAGGCCUACAGACAGAAAUUAGAAGCAAUGACGCGUCUUCAGACUAAUAAAGAAGCUGUUUAAUUGAAAUGAACAUGUAGUUUGAUUUUCCUUUUGGUCAAGAAAGAAUACAAUUUUGAACUGUACACGAUACGGGUACAGUCAUGAGAAUACAGGAUAAUAAAGAGACUACAGAUUGAUAAUUGGACUUAAGCCAUGAGCUCUGCAUUCUUGUAUUAUAAAACUUUAGAAGUUGUGAAAUGUAUUUAAAACUGAAUUCUGUAAAUAGUUUUGUUUUUUUACAGUUCCAAGUGAGUUGAUAAAAGAUUAAGAGAUCCAAAAACACAACAAGCCACUGUUUUGGUGAAUUCUUUAUGAUUUUAGUACGAAACUUAAUUUCUCAGAAACAGAACAGUUUUAAGGGUGAUCGUUGUUGAUUAGACCAAAUGUUGUGUAUAAUUAUGUGGUGGACUGAUGCUGGAAUUAUUCUGUAGGUAUAAACUUCUAUAUGAAGAGAAGAUUUCUCCCAGGAAAUCUUUGUACAGCUUUGCGUUGUCUCAGACUCUGAAAACAUUUUCUAGAAAAAGCGAAACUUUUAUAUUUGUUCAAUUUCAGCUAUUACCCAAGUAGAUUUACAUGUAUAUGAAGCAAAUAUUUUUAAAUUUUUUCUGUUUGUACAUAUUUUGCAUGUUUUCUAAUUUCAACAUGCAUCACUUGCAUAGGUAUUUUUCCCAAGAAGAUGAUGAAAGUUACUAGGGGAAAAAAGCCUUUUAUUCUACAGGCCAUUGAAAUGAAGUAAGCUAGCAGCUUUUUAUUGGAAUGACAAUGUCCUUGGAAGAAGCAGCUUACAAGAGAACUUGAAUUUGCAAAAUCUAUGCUUUUUUGAAAAUUUCAUAGUGGGGACGUGAACCUGUCUUCUGUGCCUUCUAUCAUGGUUUCCACAUGAAAGCACUUUAAGGCACUGGAUUUUAAGAUAAUGUUUCUGGAAAACUCAAUGCAUAUGGGCUUCUGAAAUGCUUCAUGGACUCAUUUCCUCCCCAGGAAAUUAUUCUUAAGGAAAAAAAAAAAAAUUGUUUUUGUAUGUAGACCGAGCUGUUUUUGUAAUACAGUGAUGCUCCAGGUGUGUGUGACCUGACUUUUACUUUUCCCUGUGAAGAUUGUACUGCUGUGCCCACACUCAUCCCAAGACUGCUCACUUCCACAGUGUAUGGGCAUUUGACUACGACAUACUCUUCUUUUUUUUUUUAAAGACCUACUUCAGGCCCCUCUUCUUGACUUUCUUUUUAAAUGUUUUAUUGCUUUAUGAAAAUGUUUAUCUAGCCCUAAAACCCCUCUAGAUUACCUAUACUGUAUAAAAGAAAAAGCAAUUACCCUUAAAACUGUACUCUGGCCUACUUUUCUAUUUUACAAUUAAAUAUCUUUUCCACAUA